AUGACAUUGCCAGAGAAAUUGAUUGGAAUAACUUUCGUCAUUGAUCAAGUGGCGGGAAACUUAUGGUCGACAAAGAUGAUGAUGAUGAGCACUGCUCGUUUAAAAGUUGGCAUAGUUGUGGAAGUUUCUUUGGCAGGCUAUGGUGGAGCCGGAGGUGGAGUUGGUGGCAGCAGCGGAAGAGGAGAUAGCGGUGGAGGAAAUGGCGCAUAUGGCCAUGGAGAAGAUUAUGGAGGAGGGGCAGGGGCAGGUGAGGGUAGUAGAAAUGGAAGAAAAGGCAAGGGUGGUGGAGGUGGAGAAGUUGGCUCUGAUGGAGGCUUUGGCCAUGGAAGUGGGUUUGGUGCUGGUGGUGCUAUUGGAAGUGGAAUCGGCAGUGGCGGUGGCAGUGGCGGUGGACAUGGCGGUGGUGGAGAUGGAGCAUAUUGCAGCAGUGGCUCUGGCGAAGGAUUUGGUCAAGGAAGUGGCUUUGGCGCUGAAUUUGCUUCAGGAGCUAAUGGAGGGGGAGCUGGUGGUGGAGGAGGUGAUUUGGGGGCAGUGGUGUUGGGGGCGGAGGUGGGAGUGGUUUCGGUGGAGGCUUUGGCAAGGGAGGAUUCACUGGUGUUGCUGGAGGAGGUGGCGGUGGUGGAGGAGGAGGUGGGGGUGGCAGCGGCAGCAGACAGGGGGAUAUUCAGGGGAGGGAUAUGGCCAUGGGAAGGCAGUGGUUCCAGAGCAGGUGGAGGCGGAGGCAUGGGUGAGUUCAACGGUGGCAAAGGCGGUGAUUCAUCUGCUAAAGGGCUGACAACUGGGGGAAGUAAUGGUAUUAGAAUUGGGUUUGGCAUGGUCAUUGGGAUUGGAUUUGGAAGGGGGGGCGGGGACGGAGCCAAACGUAGCAGCGACGGGAAACACUAA